AUGCAUUCAGUGAAAGGAUUAGACUGCAAAGAGAUUGUGAGGUUGAAUAAGAAAUUCAUCCCUGUCAAGGCUGUGUACUUUCUGCUUUGGUCAGGAAUGGUGAGUCUUCUGCCCUUCCUUCCCGUCUACAUGUCAUACGUUGGUCUGAAUCCUGUCCAAAUAGGUGUGGUAACAGGCAUUGAACCAUUCAUUGGGAUGUUUUCAUCUCCGCUGUGUGGAAGCUUGGCAGAUAAAUUCAGCAUGCAUCGCUUCAUCAUGGUUAGCAGUAUCAUAGGAACAGGGCUUGUGUAUGGGAGUGGUGUUUUUGUGUCACUUAUUGAUACAAAUAAUGCAAUGAAUUGGACAAAUAUAUCUCAUGUGCCACUGGAAGGAUACCUUGGAGAGCUUGGAAAGAUUCCAGAACCAGAGUUGGACUCAUCCUUGAUUCAGAUAUGGAAGAGUGACUACUGUGACAGUUAUCAUCACAGCAUUUCAAGUAAUAUCGAAGAUAAAGUGCUAUAUGUUAUUAAGAAGGAUAUGGAUACCGGAUCAGUCGAAACAAAUCUUAGUAUUUUUAAGAACAACUGUUCAGUUGCAUGUUGCUUCUGCAGUUGUAGGUUAAAAGAUGAAAGGUUCAUUGAACCUUUGCAUAUAUGUAAUAAGUUAGAGAGAAUCCAGAGAAUAGGCAGAACUGAAAAUGAGUCGACAGAUAUUUUGAUUUCAAAUGAAUUCUUGUGUCAAAAUAUAGAGACAACUGACAUUCUUGAAUGGGACUGGGAGUAUUCACAAAAGAAAGACAAAACACUCACAUUUGUUGUAAUGUUGGUGAUUGUUCUCGUUGGACAAUUUGCGAGCAACCCUCCUAUGCCUUUGCUUGAUGCAGCAGCUAUGGCACUUGUUAAAAAAUGCAACGAUAGAGGGCAAAACGUAGAAUUCGGCCGUCAGAGACUAUGGAACGCAAUUGCCUUGGGAACAUUUGCACCUCUCGCUGGAUUUGCUGUGGAUACCUACUCUGCAGCGUAUCCAGAGUCUUUCAACAAGUAUCUUCCAGCUUUCUUAGCUUUUGUUGCACUUGUACUAUUGUCAGUUAUACCGGCAUUGUGUAUAACUUUUCCUCCACACUGCCCAUCUGAAUCACUUGCCAGUGAUGUCUGCAUCCUACUCCAGAGACCCAAGGUGCUUGUUUUCCUGUAUGCAAUGUUCAUCACUGGGAUAUCAGUCGGAGUCAUCAGUACAUAUGUCUUCUUGUUCCUUGUUGAACUCUCUGGAAGCCACACCAUCAUGGGACUGACUCUGACCCUGACAUGUGUAGCUCAAUUCCCUUUCAUGUACUUUUCUACUAAGCUUAUUGGGAGACUAGGGCAUCAUGGGGUCUUUGUUCUAACUCUCUUCUGCUAUGCUGUGAGGUUGGUUGGCUACUCUUUCUUGCAGAAUCCAUGGCUUGUUUUACCCAUAGAACUCCUUCAUGGAGUCACCUAUGGUGCUCUUUGGCCAGUUUGUACUUCCUAUGUAAACCUCAUCACUCCUGACAACAUGCUCACUACAAUGCAGUCCAUCACAUUUGGAAUCAAAUCUGGUUUAGGUGAAGGCUUGGGGACAUUGCUGGGUGGAGUAAUCUAUUACCAAUAUGGAGCUAGGAACCUAUUCAGAGGAACUGCCAUCUUAUGCGUGGUAACACUGAUCUUCUAUUGGCCAGCGAGUGCUUACCUAGAGAGACGGGAUGAAAGAAGAGAGCGACAAGUACAGUAUGAAGAAAUAUGAUAUUGAAUAGAUCUGACAUAUUCUUGAUACCCGGUAGGAAAAACUCCUUGAAUGCUCAUGCAGGGUAGCGGUAAGUAAAGGUCAAGUCCAC